AUGGAGACCCAGACGUCGUUCUCGCAGGUGGCACUACUCGCGCUACUCGUCGUCGGCGCCAUCACGGGCAUCUAUGUGCUCUUCCAAAACGCCCCUGAAGCUGAGUUCUCCGAGUGCGAGGCCAUUUCCGUAUCCUACGUGAUCCGUGGCGUUCUGCCCACUUGGUUGAAUGGACGCAAUGAUAAAAUGGGCACAGUCCAGGGGCUGUGGCAGUGUGCGAGCCAGUAUCGCGAGCAUCACGCCGCCUUCGUGCUCUCAAGCUUCUGUAUCGUAUAUAUCGCGUUGCAAACGUUUGCCAUCCCCGGCCCCAUCGUGCUGAGCAUCCUAUCGGGAGCUAUGUAUCCAUUCGUGCAGGCUCAGAUUCUGGUAGCUUUCUGUGCCACGACGGGCGCUUCGCUGUGCUUCAUGCUGUCCUACUUCUUGGGCCGCGGCGUCUUCAAUAAAGUGCUAGCUGGGAUGAUCGGCCGCUUCAAAGAGAAGAUCGCCCAAAAUCAAGGCAACCUCUUCUACUACUUGCUAUUUCUGAGGAUCACACCCCUGUUGCCCAAUUGGUUCGUCAAUAUCGCCUGUCCACUUGUGGGCGUCCCCUUCAAGUAUUUCUUCCUGGCCACGUUGGUUGGCUUGGUCCCAGCCAACUUCCUGCACAUUUCGACUGGCGCGACACUCAACAGUGCUGCGGGGGCCUCAGGUGGAAGCAACGCAGUCAGCUUUGCUGUACUCUUCUUGCUGCAGUUUGUGGCACUGUUGCCCACACUGUUUAAGGGCAAGAUCGAGAAGUACGAGAAGGAGGCGUUUGAGAAGAGCAAGAAGACCAAGUAACGUGGUGACCACUGUAGUUGCGAUACCUUGAAAUCGAGAUGUCCUUGUGAUCUUCUCAUUUUUCCCA